AUGCCGUCCGUUCGUGCGCUGGAUGACUGGGCUGCAAACCGUCCGUAUACCCUCGCUCUUUCCAGCCUGAAAGGCACCGUGAUUGGCAUCGAUGCCACUUAUUACUUGCACCAGCACCUUCACCAUCACUCGACCCGCGAACCCCUCCUGAUCGCCCUCGGUGGCCUUCCGUUUGCUCUCAGAGCUAAUAUCGAGCGAGAACUUAGCGCGCUCAAGGAGCUGGGCAUCAGCGUCACUUUUGUUUUCGACGGUCUGCAAUUCGGUGUGGAGGAGUCACAAAACCGCUCUCGUACAGAGUCUACGCGCGCCGAGUCUGCGCGUGCUUUUGAGCAGGCUUGGGAUUUAUAUGACCAGCAGCAAGCUGACCAGGUGGUUGAUGCGUUCAGCAACGCAGGCACCCCUAAGCCUGAAGAGCUUUAUCGAUUUCUGCAGAAAAUCUUGCAUGAGAAUGGAAUUGAUUUCUUUGUUGCGCCAUACAGCGCUGCCGCCCAGCUCAAGCACUUUGAGAGCUCUCCGAAGCCUUUUAUCGACUUCGUCUGGGGCUCUACCGACGUGUUCCUUUUCGACGUCGAGAAACUAAUCAUCCGACUCGAUCUGGAGUCCAGUCAGUUCUACUGGGUAUCUAAGGAAAACUGCAAGGAGGAGUUCGGCCGUCUUACAAAUGAACAAUUUCUCGACUUUGCUCUUCUUUUGGGAGGCCCGUUCCUUCGUACUUUCCCGCCGUUUGAAACCAGUCCCUUUCCUGGACGUUCGUGGAACGCCCGUGACGCAUUGAAUAUCUUCAAUAGCGCGGGCCGCAACGCCAUUGCUCUUUGCUCUCAGUUCGAAGAAGACCGCCGGGUACAGGAGCUGGAUUACCUCGACCGCUACAAGCGCGCCUAUUUGUCCGUCAAACAUCAUGUCAUCACUGACCGUGAAGGACGAGUCGGACCGCUAGAGCCGGACUCGGCCCCGUCAGAUGUGCACGAGCUGAUUGGCCAACGCCUCCCUGAAGAGCUAUACUAUUACAUUUCCAGAGGCCUGCUGGGCCCAACUGUUCCCAAUAAUUUGACCUCUGGCCAAUUAACAGUAUCUUUGCCAUUUGGUGUCGAGGAUUCUGAGGUCUACCGCCGUCUCACCGGUCAGCUUCUCAUGCCAAUUCGGGAGCAAGCCAUCUGCUUGCUCUCCAACUGCCUCCAUCGCUUCUACCAGACCAAAAAUAUCAACGUCCGUCUGUGGUAUGAAGACAAUCCUGGCCGCACUAUAGAACUCAAGAACACCCCAUCAGUCAGAGAUACCAUCCGCAGCUGGAAAAUCAGCCACCAAAAACUACCCUCCAAAUUGGCUAAACUUGAGGCUCCCCGAGUAUCGUUAAAAUUUGCCACGGAAAGCUUGAAAGACCCUGAAUUUGUUGCUACGACUUUCGCUUCCAAAGAGUCUUCUAGUCCUUUAUCAUCGGAGGAUGAAAUCUUGCACCAGGCCAUUCUAGGUUUCUUGCAGCUUCGCGGUUACGUCAACGAUAAACAUGAGCUUACAAGCUGGGGGUCGUGCUACAACAAGGCUGUCGAUGCACUCGAAGCAGCCGGGACUCCACUCAACAUUCAGACUGUAGAAUCGAUCUUCGUCGCUGUCGAAAUGUUGCGUUUGGGGGUUCUUGGGCCCAAAGAUUGGUUCCCCCAGCACUCUGGUGGUCCAAUGCGAGGUUCAGAAGAAGACAAGUCAUUUAACUUGCUGGUAUCCCGGGUCGCAUGCAUCGGAAAACUGAAGCACAAGCCAAUUGGCUACUCGGGGCCGUUGAGCCGACAGCUCCUUUCCUUCCGUUCGCUGAUUUCUGCUGUUCGCCGAACUCUAAGAGAUCUUAUUGAAGUAGUGCUGACUUCAAUGCUCCUGGGCGGCGAAGUGGACCGGAACAUUGGAAACGAAGGGUUGACUUCUCUUAGCUUUAAGCUACCAUUUAUUGAGGACAACGACUGCGGCCUGGGAAUUGCUGUUCGGACGUACCUCGACGACUUGCUCCUCCAGCCAGAAUCAUCGUCACCCAAGACCGGUGAAGAAGUCAAGGCCAGGGGCAAGGAGUGGUUUCAACAUAGCGAGAGCUUUGAGGACAACCUGGACACUGCAUUUGCUUUGUGGGACGCGGUCUACGCCGCUUCUCAAAACGCGCCAAACGAAUUCAAGGACGCCAAGCUAUGGGAUAAAGCAAACAAGUGGCUUGUUAGCCACCGCUGA